AUGGCCAAUCCACCACCUUCAGGCGGAAAUCGUCAACAAUGGGCCCAGGAUACAGGAGUGCCACAACAGCCAUACAAUCCCUACGACUAUACACACGAUCAGGGUGACACUGCAGCCACCCAUCACCCACAGACGAAUCGACCUAUGCCUGAGCUGCAGCAACAGGAAGGGGGACCUUAUGAAACCGGAGACAACAUGGCGAAUGCAGCAUCCGUGGGAGGACAAUUCGCAGAAGGAGGGUACAGUGCCAUGCCCAGUGCUUUCGACCCGGCCGGAGGCGCACACAACCUGAUACCGCAAGUUGGUCAAGCUGUUGGCCAAGGACAGCAGCUACACGCACUUCAUCAAGCACCACAUGCGCAAGCGCCUAUACCCGGCGGAAGCGCAUCGCAAACGGAAGCUUAUACCGAUCCCCACGAUCCCAGCCAGGUCGGGGCGAUGGCGCAGCAUGGAGCAUACGAUCCAACCAAUCCACAUUACGGCGACACAACUCAGUACGGUGGCGGGCAGGCGGGAACAGGCCAUGUAGCACCAGCUCCAGCCAGGGCUAGAUACAACAGGACUACACAGCAGAUGACCUUACCCACGGGGGAAGUUGUACCAACGAGAGCGUCGAGAAAUCCCAUGAACAGAGAAAGAUCGUAUAUUCACCCAAGAACAGGGAAGAAGACAAGGUUCAACCCGAGAGACUUUGGAGGAUAGUGCAGGAACGAAUGACAACUAUACAGAAGGAAAGGAAAGAAAGCAGUGAAAAAAAAAUGAAACUCAAAGGGUAGAGGUAUGAGGAGGAGAGUGCCACCAUCGUUACUUUGUUUACUAUAGCAGAUAAUAGACAACCCU